AUGGAAGAUUCAGGUCCUAGUAUAGUAAAUUCACUAUUAGAAGAAAUUUAUUAUCAACAAAGUGGUCAUAGAGGUUGGAAAUGCAAUUAUUGUAAUGAUGGAAAUUUACAUGCAUCAGAUCUAAAUAUGAAUACACAUAUAGCUCUAAUUUGUCAAAGUGUUCCACUUGAUAUUAAACAAGAUUGCUUACGAAAUUUUCCAGCACCAAAUAAAAGAAAAAAUAUUGUACAUGAUAUUGCUAGUGGUUCACAACCACAAAUAAAUAGUAAAUUUCAAAGUGUUAAUACAAUGAAUACUAGUCAAGAACAAUUAUGUCAUAGAGCAUUGACACAAUUUUUUAUAUGCUGUGAAAUUCCUUUUUGGAUUAUCGAAACUAAUAAAAUUGAAAAAGUUUUAGUAGAUAUUGGUGUUACUAAAUUUGGCACUAUUGUAUCUGAUGGUGCUUCAGUGAUAUCACUUGCAAAAAAAAAAAAAAUUGGUAGUAAAUUAGCAAGUGCAAAUGUAUUAGCAACACAAAUUAAAAAAUAUGAUGCAUUUGAGCCACCAUAUCAUUAUACUUUUGUAGAAGAAGUUGAAUCUGCACAAACUUGGUGGCAUGAAUGUAAAGCUCCAAAUCAUUAUUUGCAAAAACUUGCAUUGCACUUAUUAGCAAUUAUUCCACAUAGUGCAAAUUAUGAAGAACUUGAUGCUGAUUAUAUUUCUGAUACUGAAGACUUAGAUGAUCUUUUACAAUUAAGUGAUGAAAAUUUAGAUAUCAAAGAAGUAUUUGAUUUUAGUACAUUUUCGGAUGAAAGAACAAAUGAAAAAACAAAUGAAAAAACUAAUAAUAAUCCGGAACCUGAGGGUGAUGAAUUUAAUUAUGAUAUUGAGGAAGUUAUUGCAUCUGUAACUAAUGAGUAA